GCCUUGGUUCGUGCAGGGAGAGACAAAGAAGACCUGGUUGUCCCAACGUCGGGGGGCAGGUACGACGUGCAUCUGAAGAAGAGGCAGCGUGUCGCAGUCUACUGGGAGGAGGAGGUAUCUGAAGUGCGUCGCUGCACCUGGUUUUACAAGGGAGACAAGGACAACAAGUAUAUUCCCUACUCGGAGACCUUCAGCGAGGAACUGGAGGAAGCUUACAUGAUUGCUGUGACCUUGGAUGAGUGGAAGAAGAAACUGGAGUCCCCUAGCAGGGAAAUCAUUAUUUUGCACAACCCAAAGCUGAUGGUGCACUACCAUCCGGUUGCCACCUCCGAUGACUGGGGCUCAACUCCUACGGAACAAGGUCGACCUCGGACUGUGAAGAGAGGCGUAGAAAACAUCGCUGCCGAGAUCCCCAAUGGAGAGCCGCUGCAAAUUGAUCACCUGGUUUUCGUGGUGCACGGGAUCGGCCCUGCGUGCGACAUUCGGUUCAGGAGCAUCGUCCAGUGCGUGAACGACUUCAGGAACGUUUCCCUGAGCAUGCUGCAAGCACACUUCAAGAAAGCCCAGGAGCAGCAGCAGAUCGGCCGGGUGGAGUUCCUACCUGUGAACUGGCACAGCUCCCUCCACUCCACCGGCGUGGACGUCGACCUGGAGCGAAUCACUUUGCCGAGCAUCAAUCGCCUGCGUCACUUCAUCAACGACACCAUCCUGGACGUUUUCUUUUACAACAGCUCCACCUAUUGCCAGACCAUCGUGGACACGGUGGCGUCUGAAAUGAACCGCCUGUACCAGCUCUUCCUGCAGAGGAACCCCCUCUUCAAAGGGGGGGUCUCCAUUGCGGGGCACAGCUUGGGGUCGCUCAUUUUGUUUGAUCUCCUGACGAACCAGAAGGCUGCUCCCGAGGAGGAUGAGCGCAGCAAAGAGGGGUCCAGGACAACCUCAAGCACCGGGGGUAUUGAGGAAGUAAAAGAAAUCCUGAAGAAGCUGGAGCUGUCCGAAUAUUGUGAUGUUUUUGAGAAGGAGAAAAUGGACAGGCAAGCACUGUUCUUGUGCACAGAGAAAAACCUUAAAGAAAUGGGAAUUCCCUUAGGACCAAGAAUGAAGAUACUUCAUUACAUCAGCCCCAAGAUGGAGACGCAGGACCAGAGCGCAGCAGGUCCCGGGCACAGCGGGGAGAGUGGAGCGGAGCCCGGGUCCCCGCUGCAGCGUGACCCGGACAGCACAGACGACGGCAGGAAUUGCCAGUACCGGGAUGUUGGCUUAGGACAGGUCUCGGCAAACUAUCCACAGCUGAACUACAAGCCCACCAUCUUCUUUGCUUUUGGGUCUCCCAUCGGGAUGUUUCUCACAGUGCGAGGAGUGAAGCGGAUCAACCCAAACUACAGCCUGCCCACCUGCAAAGGCUUCUUCAACAUCUUCCACCCCUUCGACCCAGUGGCGUACAGGAUUGAGCCCAUGAUCGUCCCAGACCUGGAGUUUGAGCCCAUGCUGCUGCCCCAUCACAAGGGCAGGAAGAGAAUGCACCUGG